UUAUAAAGUGAAGUUUCUAGCUAGCCAAUUAAGUUAAUGUUGUAACUAAUGUUAACUACUUAAUUUCUUCGUAUGAAUUUCUUGCUCUUCUAUCAAAAGUAUUCGGCUUCCUCCAUGUGCAUAGAAAAAGCUAACAAAUAUUUGUAUGGUUAACGUGCUAGUUUCCCGGCCAACGCCUUUCUCCCUUCCUUUUUUCUCAUGCUCGUCGUAGCACACAUUUCGUUUGAAAAUGUGUCGUAGUUGACAGAAUUCUGCGUCAAGCGCUUGAAAGACACAGCAAUACAAUUUUGUAGAAUUAGGGAUGACAUUCUUUCUUUUUACUGAACACCUUCGUUUUUUUCCAUUUGGUCGGCUUGUCAAAAGCCAGGUAGAUUAUAAGAGACAUUUUCAUAGGUUUUACCUGCUGGGAUCAAAAUGGGUUGUACACUAAGUGCCGAAGAUAAAGCUGCCAUGGAGAGGAGUAAAAAUAUUGAUCGGAAUCUGAGAGAAGCUGGCGAAAAGGCAUCAAGUGAAGUCAAACUGUUGCUUCUAGGUGCUGGAGAGUCUGGGAAAAGCACAAUUGUAAAGCAGAUGAAAAUUAUCCAUGAGGACGGGUACACACAGGAGGAGUGCAGCCAGUACAGAGUGGUGGUUUACAGCAACACCAUCCAGUCCAUCAUCGCCAUCAUCAGAGCUAUGGGCAGGCUGGGCAUAGACUUUGGGGACACAGCACGAUCAGAUGAUGCCCGCCAGCUUUUUGCCUUGGCCAGCUCUGCAGAGGAAGGGGUCAUGACCCCUGAACUGGCUGGGGUCAUCAAGAGGUUAUGGCAGGACGGAGGGGUCCAGAUCUGCUUUGGCAGGUCUAGAGAAUACCAGCUUAACGACUCUGCCUCAUAUUACCUGAAUGACCUGGACAGGAUAUCCCAGCAGAACUACGUGCCCACGCAGCAGGAUGUCCUGCGCACCAGAGUCAAGACCACCGGCAUUGUGGAGACACACUUCACAUUCAAGGACCUCUACUUCAAGAUGUUUGAUGUGGGGGGUCAGAGGUCCGAGAGGAAGAAGUGGAUCCACUGCUUCGAGGGAGUCACAGCCAUCAUCUUCUGUGUUGCGCUCAGUGACUAUGACCUGGUGUUGGCUGAGGAUGAGGAGAUGAACCGUAUGCAUGAGAGCAUGAAGCUGUUUGACUCCAUCUGCAACAACAAGUGGUUCACGGGCACCUCAGUCAUCCUCUUUCUCAACAAGAAGGAUCUGUUUGAGGACAAGAUCCAGAAGAGCCCCCUCACUAUCUGCUACCCAGAGUACUCCGGUUCAAAUGUAUUCAAAGAGGCGUCAACCUACAUUCAGUGUCAGUUUGAGGACUUGAACAAGCGUAAGGAUACAAAGGAGAUCUACACCCAUUUCACUUGUGCUACUGACACUAAGAACGUGCAGUUUGUCUUUGACUCUGUCACUGACGUCAUCAUUAAAGCCAACCUGAAGGAAGUCGGCUUGUACUGAGACUCCUGCACCAUCAUCUGUCUUGUCGUCAUCGGGGCUGGAGUGUUUAGGAAUCACACAUUUACAGGUGUAAAUCAAUUGUUGCCUUAUUGACAGUUAGACCAUAUACAGGAUGGGUUUUUAGACCAUAAACUGUUGCCAUAAUGUAUGAAUCCUUGGAUAUUUCAAAACAAGAUUACAUGGAGCACUUAUGUGGUUUUGGUUUUCUAUCUUUUUGCUGUUAUGGAUUCCUUAGCUAUGGAUUCCUUAGACUGAUUUUCUCUAAAAUGUCUUUAAAACAUUCUGCACUUUUUAGGCUUUCAGCAUUCACUGUAAAGGGUUCAAAUGUAUUAAUUACAUUGUAAAUGUUGAAUAAGGGAUCACAACUAUUAUGCAUUUUCUGAGUUUUGACAACUUAUCUUUAUAACUGUCUACACUGAGGGUACAAAACAUUAGGAGCACCUUCCUAAUAUUGAGUUGCACCCACUUUUGCCCUCGGAAUAGCCUCAAUUUGUUGGCGUAUGGACUCUACAAGGUGUUCCACAUGGAUGCUGGCCCAUGUUGACACCAAUACUUCCACAAUUGUGUCAAGUUGGCUGGAUGUCCUUUAAGUGAUGGACCGUUCUUGAUACACACGGGAAACUGUUGAGUGUGAAAAACCCAGCAGUGUUGCAGUUCUUGGCACACUACUACCAUACCCUGUUCAAAGGCACUUAAAUAUUUUGUCUUGCCCAUUCACCCUCUGAAUGGCACACAUACACAAUCCAUGUCUCAAGGCUUAAAAAUCCUUCUUUAACCUGUCUCCUCCCCUUCAUCUACACUGAUUUGAAGUGGAUUAAACAAGUGAUCAAUAAGCGAUCAUAGCAUGGAAAGAGUGGAUGUUCCUAGUGUUUUGUACACUUAGUGUAAAUGGUCAUUGCUCAACCUAAGUUGUUGUUGUGGAAUUGUGUCCACAAGUGUUAAUCAGUAUUCUCGUGGGGAUUUUAAUGUGCUGAAUUCUGAUUGUAUUAAUAUAUCACCAUUCAGAUCAUUACAUAACACUGAAGUAUUAUACUAGCUCUUAGCGGACUGUAAGACAUCACUUGAUGUUUUAAAACCACUUUGAAAGAAAAAGCGUUUUUUUUAUGGUUGCCUUAACUUGUAUUAUGUUAUUUUGGAUAGAACUAUUUUGUAUAAAGAUUAUUAUGGCCUUUCGCUGAAGACAAUGGCCUUAAUAUAAGCUAAAAGUAUUUGCCUAGAAGCCAUUUUAAAUGCUCCUCCUUUUGAAAACAUGCUUUAAACAUUUUUUUUUACCAGGUGAGUUGACUGAGAAUAUCUUCUUAUUUAUAGCAAAGGCCUGGGGAUAGUUACAGAAGUCCAGAGGACAUAUGAAUAUUAAAAAGAAAUCCCUCAUGUCGAUCACAAGUUGUUUUGUUGAGAUCACGAGAAACUAUAUAAAUGGGAGUAGACGUAUUGAUUAACAGUAUGACUGGGGUGGCAGAGCCCACAGUGGAUCAGCGCAUACGUUUUUAUUGAUUGCUACACUAAGGGAUGGUACAUUUAAUACUAACCUCGUGCUUUCAUUUAUGUUUUGAGUUCAUUAUCCGUUUAUAACUUAGCUUGAUAACAUUCUAUGUUACCUUGAGCUAAAAGCUCAUGUGGCAGCUAAGCCCUCAUGGUGCGUUUAAGCCCUGAACGAUGCCUGACGGGCACCUCUGUCUCCCAGGCUGUAUGCCACAUCAAAGACCACAGCCAAUCGCAUGCAAGCAACAACGCAGCUAACUUGGCUAGUCUUGUGAGCGAGUUAGCUAGGUAGUCUUGUUAUCUAUGCUGGUUGUUAGCUUGCAUAACUGAUAUGUGUAUUGUAAGGGGCACUUUGUUUUAUGGAUAAUAUUUACAUUUACAAAGUGGGUGAGCUCUAAUCCUGACAGGCUGAUCAGAUUCAAAGGCUGAAAUUGAAUCUGAUCGGCCUGUCAGGAAUGGACACCACUCACUGUAAAUGUUAUAUUAAUUGACCUUUUUAUAAUUAUACACAUCAGUUAUGCAAUAUAACAAGUUAGCUAGGUAGUCCUGUUAGCUAGCUAGCUCACAAGACUAGCCUAGUUAGUUGCGUUGUUCCUUUCAUGAUAUUGGCUGUGGUCUUCGGGGCGGCACGCAGCCUGGGAGACGACGCCGCUGCCUGUCAGGCAGCAUUCAGGGCUUAAAUGCCCCGCAUUACCUUCAACGCAGCUACAGGGCUCUUUGAUAUGGUGGUUUUCGUGCAUCUGCACAUAUGAAUGGAUGAUGUGUGCUACUUUUGGUGAUCUCGACAAAACAACUUUUGUUAUGUAGAAAUCAUGAGAUAAAUACAUAAGUCAUGAUCUCGGCAUAAGGAGGGAAUUGUAUUUUUAUUCAUAUGUCCUCUGGGCUUCUGUAGAAAGUUACAAAAACAUAAAUAAAAAUACAUAGUUAACCUACAAAAUAUAUAAGCAAGCAAAAAACAAUUGCUAUUUGGACAUUUGAACAGUCUAAAUUGAACACACUGAAUGUUCCUUCUUGCAUUAAAAUGGAAUGUGGCCCAAA